GCGGAGGGCAUGGCAUACAUCGAGCGGAAGAACUACAUUCAUCGCGACCUUCGAGCAGCUAAUGUCCUGGUCUCUGAUUCACUCAUGUGCAAAAUUGCAGAUUUUGGCCUUGCAAGAGUCAUCGAAGACAAUGAGUACACAGCGAGGGAAGGUGCUAAGUUCCCCAUCAAGUGGACGGCUCCAGAGGCCAUCAACUUCGGCUGCUUCACUAUCAAGUCUGACGUGUGGUCUUUUGGAAUUCUCCUGUAUGAAAUCGUCACCUACGGGAAAAUUCCCUACCCAGGGAGAACCAACGCCGACGUGAUGAGUGCACUUUCGCAGGGCUACCGGAUGCCACGCAUGGAGAACUGCCCAGAUGAGCUCUAUGACAUCAUGAAAAUGUGUUGGAAAGAAAAAGCAGAGGAGAGGCCAACGUUUGACUACUUACAGAGCGUCCUGGAUGAUUUCUAUACCGCCACGGAAGGGCAGUAUCAGCAGCAACCAUAGUGGGCACAAAGACCUGCCCAUCGUAGUUAGUAGGAAAAGCAGCCCUUCGGGCACAGCUAAUCAUCUCACGCCAGGACCCUCUGUGUUCCUGGUUCCUGACGGACAGGCCGAAUUAACUCAGGAAGAACACCCUAGACUUGGGAUGCUGUUUCUUAAAUGGGUGGCCACUGCUCAGUGGGACCAGAGUCAAAAUACAAUACUCUCUCCAAUAUGCACCACACUGGCUCUACAUGGGCUGAGUGACUCAGGUUCAGAGACUGUUGUAACAAAUUCCUAGAUGCAGCAAGAACUAAACUCACUUAGCAAAAAUAACCCCAUGCACAAGAAGAUGUUCUGAUGCUUUGGCUUACUUUUUUAAAAACUACUAAUCCAGCCUGUUAGGUUUUACACGUGAAGCCACUAGCUUUAAAAUGUCUUUUCUAAACUUGAAUGUUUUUGCUUUGGAGAUUUAAUUCUUCCCCACCUCCAACCCCAGCACUCCCUCACCCCCAACCCCACCCCACCCCUACUCCAGUCUGAGACUGUUAAACAUUUGCCUUCGUGGUGAGAUGACUGGACAAGAGGUAGGGGCGUGCUAGCCCUGCAGGAAGGAGCAUGGUGUAUGAGCACGCAGAUCGACCACUGCUGAAUGGAGCCUUUUGAAGCUACACCACCUCCCAGACCUCCCAGCGAAGGCAGGAGAGCCUUGGGUUCUGCCCUAUAGAGGAAUGUUUUUAAUGGUGUGGGUAUUUCGGUUACAGGAUUCUCUAAAGGCUUUUUUGAUGGGGUCCUUUGGGAGAACUAUAAAUCUAAUCUGUCUGAACUUUACAAGGCCUUCCAAAAAUGUAAAGUAUUUCUUUCAUUGCCUCAGACGACUUGAACAUUUUAUGAAUCAUGUAUUUUACCUGUACUCUAAAGAAGUUAAAAAUGCCAUGUUUGGGGCUAUUUUUGUGAUCUGUAAUCUUUUCUAAAUUGUGUAAGAUGUGUGAGAGACUAUUUACAGCUCCAGGGAGGAGGGAGGUAACCGUGGAGAAGCCUCCAGCAGCCCUGAGAAGCUUUGUUAUCUGGAUUUUCUGCUGUAAACUCCAAUUGGAAACCACUGUGUCUGCCCCUUUCAAUUACGCUGUUGUGUACAUACUUAAUAAUUCUAUUUUUGAUUCUAUUUUAAUACACCCAAUAACACCUUGA